AUGAAGGUGAAAGGCAGAGGCAUCAUCUGCUUGCUGGUCUCCAUCACUGUGAUCUGCCUGGUGGCUAUCCCUAGAAGCAGGGCCUGCCCUCACCGCUGUGCCUGUUAUGUGUCCACAGAAGUGCACUGCACAUUUCGGUACCUGACCUCUAUCCCAGAGAGCAUCCCAGCCAACGUGGAACGCAUCAAUUUAGGGUACAACAGCCUAGCUAGAUUGACGGAAAAUGAUUUUUGUGGCUUGAAUAAACUGGAGUUACUCAUGCUACACAGUAAUGGUAUUCACACAGUCGCUGAUAAGACCUUCUCAGAUCUGCAGGCCCUACAGGUUUUAAAACUGAGCUAUAACAAACUCCAAAAAAUUCAAAAAGAUACUUUUUAUGGACUGAGGAGCUUGACCCGGUUGCACAUGGAUCACAACAGCAUUGAGUUUAUUAAUCCUGAGGCUUUUUAUGGACUCACCUUGCUCCGCCUGCUGCAUUUAGAGGGAAAUCGGCUUACAAAGCUCCAUCCAGACACAUUUGUCUCACUGAGCUACCUCCAGAUAUUUAAAAUGUCUUUCAUUAAGUACCUGUACUUGUCAGAUAAUUUCCUGACCUCCCUCCCGGAAGAGAUGGUCUCUUACAUGCCAGACCUAGAAAGCCUUUAUCUGCAUGGAAACCCAUGGACCUGUGACUGCCAUUUAAAGUGGUUGUCUGAAUGGACCCAGGGAAAACCAGAUGUGAUAAAAUGUAAGAAAGACAGAAGUCCCUCCAGUUCUCAGCAAUGUCCCCUUUGCAUGAGCCCAGGGAUCUCUAAAGGCAAACGCUUUGCUAUGGUAGCAGCUGAAGCCUUCCUCUGUACAAAGCCAACUAUUGACCCAUCUCUGAAGUCCAAAAGCCUGACGGUUCAGGAAGACAACGGACCUGCCUCCAUUUCAACCCAAGACUUCAUGGCACCUUUUGGCUCCCUGACUUUGAACAUGACAGACAUGUCUAGGAAUGAGGCUAACGUAGUUUGCAAUAUCCAGAAGCCUUCCAGGACCCUGCCCAUUGCAUUCACUGAGGAAAAUGACUACAUCAUGCUAAAUAUGUCAUUUUCAACAAAUCUGAUAUGCAGUACAGAUUACAGUCACAUUCAGCCAGUGUGGCAAAUUCUAGCCUUGUACAGUGAUUCUCCUCUCAUACUAGAAAGAAAGCACUUGCUCACUGAAACUCCAAAGCUGUCUUACAAAUAUAAACAGGUGGCUCUUAUGUCUGAAGACACUUUUACCAGCAUAGAGGCUGAUCUUAGAGCAGAUCCUUCUUGGUUAAUGCAAGACAAAAUUUUGUUGCAGCUGAACAGAACUGCUACCACACUUAGCACAUUACAGAUCCAGUUCUCAAGUGAUGUUCAAGCCACUUUACCAAGGGCAGAGACCAGCCUUGUGACUCAAGGACUCAAAUGGACUAUGAUUCUGACAAAGAACAAUGCCAAACUGGAAUACACUGCUGUGGCUGGUGGUACCAUUGCCCUGGACUGCCCAGGCCGUGGUGACCCUUCACCUCACUUGGAAUGGCUUCUAGCUGAUGGGAGUAAAGUGAGAGCCCCUUAUGUCAGUGAGGAUGGAAGGAUUCUAAUAGACAAGAAUGGAAAAUUGGAACUCCAGAUGGCUGACACCUUUGACACCGGCCUUUACCACUGCAUAAGCACGAAUUAUGCUGAUGCAGAUAUUCUCACCUUUAGGAUAACUGUGGUGGAACCUGAUGUAGGAGCCACGCAUGGAAGUAGGGUUCAGCAAACAGUGUUUACUGGUGAGACACUCGAUCUUCCGUGCCCUUCCAGUGGUAUUCCAGAUGCUACUAUUAGCUGGGUUCUUCCAGGAAAUACUGUGUUCUCUCAGUCAUCAGGAGACUCAAGAGACAGACUAAUUCUUAACAAUGGGACAUUAAGAAUAUUACAGGUUACCCCAAAAGACCAAGGUUAUUAUCGUUGUGUGGCAGCCAACCCAUCAGGGGUUGAUAUUUUGAUUUUUCAUGUUUCGGUCCAAACAAAAGGUCGAAGGUCAGUGGAACACGAUGAGGAAGCAGAUGGGUCUGGACUUGAAAAGCCCACUCCCAGUGCUCACGGGAAGCAGCCACUACAUCCGAAACCCUCUACAACAGCCUCAACAGAGGCAGAGGUUGGAAAGCAAGCCUCAGGUGUACGUAAAAAGAACCACUAUAGGGAGUUCACACAGAGGUGGCGAGGAGAUUCCAUAAAACGGCGCUUCAGGGAGGACAGGAGGCACUUUCCUCCCUCUGCUCGGAGAAUUGACCCACAACACUGGGCAGCACUUUUAGAGAAAGCAAAAAAGAGUACUGUGCCAGAGAAACACGAAAAUCCUACAGCAAAGCCACUGCCACUGGUCAUCCCACCCGUGGAGGUCCUUGGCGGGGAUGAAGGCUCUUCGGGCAUGCCUUCUCUAGAAGAAGAAUUUGUGGUUCUGAAAACUAAAACUUCUAGUGUCUCAGCAGAGACAACCCCUGACGACUCGAGACCUGUACCUCAUGGAUUUCGGACAAAUAUAACUUCUGGCACAGAUGUCUCCUCAUUUGUGAGUCCACAAAAACCACAAUCCAAGCAUCUUACAGAUUCUAAACUACCUAAAGCUAUUAAUGUUACAGCUGCAUCAAAGAACCAAAACCCAACGAGAGCAAGGGAAAUAGAAGGCACAGCCAACCCAAAUUCAGUCACUGUCUUUCCAUUGGUUCCUAGAGCAGCUGAUUAUCAGGAUGCUGCUCAGGUCGGAAGAAGAGGAGCACCUUUUCAAAGCGCAUACCCAGUGACAGGGAGAAAUACUGUCACAGAUGGCCACAUCAACAUGCUUAGUAGCUCUAAUAAAAAAGCUGAUAUAGUCUUACAGUCAGUAAAUCCCACAGACCAUCAUGGCCAUCAGAUACCUGUAACAGCAGUCAGCAAAGCCAGGACUAGUUCCGUCUAUUUUCACACUACUCAAGAAGUUAGCAGCCCAAAGUUCCCUUCAGAUUCACACACUGCUGCUCCUUCUCUGGUUCAGAUUCCUAAAAACAGUACAACUAACCUCCCACUGUCCAGACACUUUGGGAGACAGAGGAAAAUUUGGGGCAGAGGGCGAAUUAUCAGUCCAUAUAGAACCUCAGUUCUCCGACGUCACAGAUACGGCAUUGUGAGGCCAGCACUCAGGGGACCCACUAACAGAAGUAGUAGUGCGUUUUCAGCCACAGAACUCCAUGAGAUGUGCCCAUUCUGUCCUUCCACAGAGAAGAUCACCCAGGCUGCAGCAGCAUUAUCAGUUCUAGGUUCAUCCCCUAGCACCCUCCCCGAAGCUGACAUUGCCAAGGUCAUAGCAGAAGAGUCUACAACUGUAGUCCAGAAUCUUUCGUUACUACUUAAGAAUAUGCAAAAUGUAGGCAUUGAGAAAACAACCACCACCAUAAAAUAUAUCAGCACUGAACAUAUCCAAGCAAUUCCAGCUGACACAUGCAUGACUUCUGCUCCAAUAUCUGCUCCAAUAUCUCUGGAAAACACUCCCAUAUCUGAUAAUGAUCAUCCAAGUGUGUCUAGUUCCAGUGAAGCUGAAAGAAACUUGGUGGUGACAUCUCCACUUCCAGUCCCCUUUAUCAAACCCUCAAUGCCAACUAAGUUAUCCAACACAAAAUUUUCAAGAAGGAAAGUUCCCUGGCAUCAGAUGUUUGUAAAUAACCAUAAACAAAAAGGGUUAAUAAAGAAUCUGCAUCAAUUUGGCUUACAAAAGAGCACAGCAACAAUGUUUCCUAAAAUAUCUCCUCUUUCACCCACAGAUAAAGACUCCCCCUCACAUUCCACAACACACUCAGCAAGUCUGAUGCAAAUUCUGUCUGCCACUCAGCACUACCCCACUGUGGUACACACCGCCAGAAACCUCCCACCAGGGAAGGAGCUGACCUUCCCACCCUUUCCACCCACGUUUCCUAAUACCACAAGCAAGAGAUCUAGUACAGUGACCUUCCUAUCCGUGGGAACAGUCACUGCAGCAAUCCCCACUGCCCCUACAUCUGUCAUUAUCUAUAAAACCCAAGCAGGAAGACCCAAAGAAGAGCAAGAACAAAUAAAGGAGCAGAACAGGAAUGACCCAAACAGCACUCCCACCCGGAGCUCUGGCUUCACUAUAUCCUCUGCUCCAUCGGCUGACACUUCCAUAAAGCCCAGCACCUCUGCUUUCACUGAACCCCCACUACAAGACACCAGCAGAAUUAUAAGGACAGCUGGUCUUCACUCGGGAUCUCCCAGUGUCAGAAGUGUUACUGAAGUACUUCCCCAGGAGCAUGCUGAGACCUCACAGAGCACAACUUUAUUCAGCAAAUCACAUGAGAACAACACAAUGAAGAGCACCUCAGCAGCACAAGCAGUUCUCAGGAGCAAGGCUCCUCCAAUGCCUGUUCCUACCUCUCCUCACUUUCCUCAGAGUACACUUACAGACAAUGAAGCCAUGCCAGGUUUCAAGAUAAUGACAAAUACAAUGGCCACUAGCCAGGAACCCUCAAGACACCAUACAGAUCUGCAGCAAUCCAGAACAGAGGCUGCAACACCUCCAGAGGCUCACCCAAAUCCGGAGCUCCCACCUGGCACCACUCACUAUUCUAAUCUGUUCCCUUCCACUCCCAUAUCAACACUAAGAAUAGAUAAAGCACAGAAUUCUAAACGGGAGCCCUCUCCCUGGCCAGAAAACCGAUUUCAGCAAAAGUCAUACUUAGAAAUUGUUGAAAAGGGCAAAAAGACAGCAGUGAGUAUGUGGUCCUCUCUCAGCUUCCCAGAGGCCAGGGAUGAGCAGAAGAAUGAAAAAGAUGAUGGUUCUGGUGAGAAACCAGUUCAAACAUCAACUUCUGAACUACCCUCUGACCUUUUGUCUAAGAAUACAUUGAAAAGGCCCAGAAUCAUUGGAGGAAAGGCUGCGAGUUUUACUAUUCCAGCUAACUCAGAUGCCUUUCUUCCCUGUGAGGCUGUUGGAAACCCCCUGCCCACCAUCCGCUGGACCAGAGUCUCAUCAGGACUUGAACUAUCUCAAAGGACACAGCAAAGCAGGUUCCAUGUGCUUCCCAACGGCACCCUGUCCAUCCAGAAAGUCGGUGUUCAGGACCGUGGACAGUACCUGUGCUCAGCAUCUAACCCACUGGGCACAGACCGCCUUCAUGUCACCUUGUCUGUGGUUUCCUAUCCCCCAAGGAUCCUGGAGAGGCGUACCAAUGAGAUCACAGUUCAUUCUGGAAGUACUGUGGAACUGAAGUGCAGAGUGGAAGGUAAACCAAGCCCUACAAUUUCCUGGAUUCUGGCAAACCAAACAGUGGUCUCAGAAACAUCUGAGAGAAAGGGAACGGUCCUGCUAAGGCCUGAUGGAACCUUGGUCAUCCAUGAUCUGAGUAUUUAUGAUCGUGGCUUUUACAAAUGCAUAGCCAGCAACCCAGCUGGCCAGGAUUCACUAUUGGUUAAGGUACAAGUCAUCACAUCUCCCCCUGUAAUUCUAGAACAAAAGAAGCAAUUCAUUGCUAGGACUUCGGGUGAAAGUUUGAAGCUGCCUUGUACUGCAAAAGGGACUCCCCAGCCCAGUGUUCACUGGGUCCUCUCUGAUGGGACUGAACUAAAACCAUUGCAGUUGACUCAUUCCAAGUUGCUCUUGUAUUCAAAUGGGACUCUGUAUAUAAAAGACAUUGCCCCUACGGACAGGGGCACUUAUGAAUGUAUUGCUACCAGCUCUUCAGGCUCAGAAAGAAGGGUGGUGAUUCUAACAGUGGAAGAGCGUGAGACAGUCCCCAGGAUAGAAUUUUCCUCCCAGAAACGGACAGAGGUGAAUUUGGGUGAGAAAUUACUACUGAAUUGCUCAGCAACUGGGGAUCCCAAACCUCGAAUAAUCUGGAGGUUACCAUCCAAGUCUGUCAUCGACCAAUGGCACAGAAUGGGCAGCCGAACACAAGUCUACCCAAAUGGAUCCUUAUUUAUUGAAUCAGUGACAGAAAAAGAUGGCGGUGACUACUUGUGUGUGGCAAGGAACAAAAUGGGAGAUGAUUUGAUCCUGAUGCAUGUCAGUCUAAGAUUGACACCUGCCAAAAUUGACCACAAGCAGCACUUUAAGAAGCAAGUGCUUCAUGGGAAAGCUUUCCAAGUCGACUGCAAAGCUUCUGGGUCCCCGGUGCCUGAGGUCUCCUGGAGUCUGCCUGAUGGAACACUGAUAAAUAAUGCAAUGCAAGCCGAUGACAGUGGCCACAGGACCAAAAGGUACACCCUUUUCCACAAUGGAACCUUGUAUUUCAACAAAGUUGGGGUUGCAGAAGAAGGAGAUUAUACUUGCUAUGCCCAAAACACCUUAGGAAAGGAUGAAAUGAAAGUCCACCUAACAGUUAUAACAGCCACCCCACGGAUAAGGCAAGGCUCCAAGACCAAUGUGAGGAUCAGAGCUGGAGACAGAGCUGUCCUUGAUUGUGAAGCCACUGGGGAACCUGCACCAAACAUAUUUUGGUUGCUGCCUUCCAGAGACAAAAUUUCAUUCUCCAACGAUAGAUACACGUUUCACGUCAAUGGAUCUUUGUCCAUCAACAGAGUGAAACUGCUUGAUUCCGGAGAGUAUGUGUGUGUGGCUCGAAAUCCCAGUGGCAAUGACAGCAAAAUGUACAAACUGGAUGUUGUGUCCAAGCCUCCGUUAAUCAAUGGUCUGUACACAAACAAAACUGUUAUUAAAGCUACAGCUGUCCGGCAUUCCAAAAAACAUUUAGACUGCAGAGUUGAUGGGAUGCCAUCUCCUCAAAUCAUGUGGAUCAUGCCAGACAAUAUUUUCCUCACAGCUCCAUACUAUGGAAGCAGAAUCACAGUCCAUAAAAACGGAACCCUGGAGAUCAGGAAUGUGAGGCUUUCAGAUUCAGCUGAUUUCAUCUGUGUGGCUCGGAACGAAGGAGGAGAGAGCGUGUUGGUGGUGCAGUUAGAAGUAAUGGAGAUGCUGAGAAGACCAACAUUCAGAAAUCCAUUCAAUGAAAAAGUCGUUGCUCAGCCUGGCAAAUCCACAGCACUGAAUUGUUCCGCUGAUGGGAACCCACUCCCUGAAAUAAUCUGGAUAUUACCAAAUGGCACACGAUUUUCUAAUGGACCACGAAGUUCCCCAUAUCUGAUAGCAAGCAAUGGUUCUCUCAUCAUUUAUAAAGUAACUCGGAACAAUUCAGGAAAAUACCGCUGUGCAGCUAGAAAUAAAGUCGGUUAUAUUGAGAAACUGAUCCUGUUAGAAAGGGGACAGAAGCCUGUUAUUCUUACAUAUGCACCAGGGAUGGUAAGAGGUGUUGGUGGAGAAUCACUGCCACUGCACUGCAUGUCUGAUGGAAUUCCUAAGCCAAAUGUUAAAUGGACUACACCAAGUGGUUAUGUAAUAGAUAGACCCCAGGUUAAUGGAAGAUAUAUACUGCAUGAAAAUGGCACAUUGAUCAUCAAAGAAGCAACAGCUUAUGACAGAGGAACUUAUAUUUGUAAGGCUCAAAACAGCGUUGGUCAGGCAUUGAUUACUGUUCCGGUAAUGAUUGUGGCCUAUCCUCCCCGAAUUAUAAAUCACCCACCCAGGAGCGUGCUCAGGAGGACAGGAGUAGCAUUUCAGCUCCACUGUAUGGCCCUGGGAGUCCCCAAGCCAGAAAUCACCUGGGAGAUGCCAGGCCACUCCCUGCUCUCAAAGGCAAGCAGAGGAAAGACCCAGGGAGGUGAGAGGCUUCACCCACAAGGUAUCCUGGACAUUCGGAAUCCCCAAACCUCAGAUUCUGGAGCAUAUAAAUGCUUAGCCAAGAAUCCACUUGGUAGUGAUUAUGCAACAACUCACAUUCAAGUAAUCUGACAGGAAGUAAAAUGAAAAUUGAACAAAGUCAACGUCUGAAGAGUUUCUUUUCUGGAAGAAGUUUAAUCAAAGGCAGCCAUAGGCAUGUAAAUGAAUCUGAAUACAUUUACAAUAUUAAAUUUACAAUGGACAUGCAAAAAAAGACUU